AUGUCAACCCCAAGGACAUAUGAAUCAAUGAAGGAACUACUUGAAUGUGCUAAAUUGGAUAUGUCUUUCACAUCAAACAUAUUUCAGUCAGUGAAAUUCGAUAACCCAUUAUUGUCUGACGAGUACAAAUUGAUUGAAGUCCCGAAUUGGUUAGCGGAUGAAGUGAUGGACAAAAUAAAAAGCCAAGUUAUCACUUUAAAAGAUGAACCUAAAUCUAAUAAUACUGGGCGUGUAUUUGCUUGUAUAAGUGACAAAACGUUUUCUGUUAUAGAAGCAGAAACAUCUAAUACACUACUUUUAGCCUCUAGUUGUUGGCUACCGUCAUCCGAUAUCCCUAAAGAGAAUUUAGUACUUGUUACACCAAUUCAAGCUGUUAAACAUAAUUACUUUCAACUUCAACAGUGUUCAGCUCCAUCUUUAAAACAGCUGAAGCUUUUGUUGGCUUCAUCUAUCUACUAUGGUCCUACUGAUGAUGAAUACGAUUCAGAGAAUAAAAGCUCCACUACCAGCUAUUUUGAUCGUGACACUGUUGCAACCCAACUGCCGUGCAGUAAACUGGAACUUGAUGAUGCGUUUCGACGGUUGCGUAUAUGUGAAAUCAACGGGUACUUACGAAUGCUUGAUCCUGAAUACAUAACACAAGUAAUUAGAGAUCUAUUCGCCCUCGCUGAUGAAAAUGCAUGGGAUUGGCGUACCUAUGGCUUCCCUUUACAUGCCUCAAUCGAAGGCUUGACCAAUCAACAUCUUCCAAAUAUUACCAAACAAAUUAUGAUGUUACUUUUUUCCCAGUUAGAACAUCGAAAAACACUUGAUUCUAAAGAUGUAUACAUUUACCCGAGGAAUUCUAAAAUUUGUCAAAUAGUUGGAGAACAUCUAUUAUCAGUUAUUAGUAGCUUUGACCUAAAUGACUUCCUAACAUUGUGGAAAGCAUCAGUUCCCAACGGAUUACGACCGAAGCUUCGUCGUCAUUUGACUUGUGCUGGACGUGCAUAUUGCGAAAUAACUCCUCUACAUCUAAAUGGCAAAAUCGGUAAACUAGAAAGUAAUGACAUCCGUUCUCGAUUUCGAUGUAUUUCCCUGUUACGUUCUGAGGACUUACCCGAUGAGAGUGUUGAAGCACGUCUUAAUGCAUUAUUUGAAAGAUGUUCCAUGUGGCCUGAACCAGAAAUAGGUAGUUUCAUAACGGAAUUAUUACCCCCACAACCUCACAGGAAAAAAUCUUCCUCUAAACACUUAGUUCCAGAAAAAAAAAUUCAAGUAGAUACGUUUUCUGAUGUUUCUUAUACUGAUUCGGAUUCGGACUUUACUUAUGAAGAUUACUGUUCAGAGUCAGCUGAAACUGUUUCAGCACUGGAAGAUGUACCUAUACCAACACCACCUGCUGUUUGUUCACUUCUUAACAAAUUCUGUCGUGUUAAUAAUAGUCCAGUCGGACAUGUAUUAACUCAACGACAUUCGAAGUAA